GCGAACCUCCUGCCAAGAGGCCAAGGUUGCUUACUAACUCUCAGCCACUUGUUAGAAGGAAGUGCAGCUUGAUUGUCGGGGGGAAUCAACAGGAAGGAAAAAAAAAGGUAAAUUCUUCGGUUCUAUUUCCUUCUUUGGUAAGGAUUGGCUUUAAGUGAUAGGGGAUGUGAUUGAAAUUCGUCUUUUCUUUGUUUGUAUCACCGAGACACCCGAAGGGCCGGCCAUAUGUACCUCGAAAGACCCGGCCCAUUCAAAUCAAAAUAGAAGGAGCACCUACGACUAAGGGGAAUGGAAUGUCGACCACAGGGUGAGAUGAUCUUCUAAUACGAGGGCGAGUGACUGGUCAAGUCAUGAAACUUAGUAAUUUUUAUCAACAUGGCUGCAAGUGGACUGGGUUUAUGUGUUUAAACUGACUACGACCAAAGUCGUGGCUACUUCAACCAAAAAAGGUCGACCCCCUAUUCAAACCGAAAUAAGUACCUCACCUCACUUACGAAGAAGUAGUUGGAGCUGGGCUCCGAACUAUGAGAGUUUGGUUUGCUUUUGUUUCAUGUUUAUAAGAGCGGUCUGAUCAAAUAAGGGAUCAGACCGCUCCUGGUGUUCGAACUAGUCAUUAAUGGUCGGCUUCAUUUUUCGGUAUGCGUUGCGAACACUUUCAUUUUUAGCGUCUCAUCUUCUCUAGAGAAGCGAAACUCGAACGGAUAGAGCAGAUGGUCCAACUACAUAAUUUUUUCUUUUUUAUUACUUCCAUGGUCGUGCCUUGUGGCACGGCAGCACCCGUACUAUUGAAAUGGUUCGUCAGUAGAGAUGUUCCCACAGGUGCCCCUUCUUCCAAUGGUACUAUAAUUCCUAUUCCUAUCUCUUCAUUCCCUCUUUUGGUCUAUCUACAUUCCAGGAAAUUCAUACGCUCCAUGGACGGAGCAAAAAGCGGAGUCUUGGUCAGAGCAAGCCGCCCCAUUCUAUUACCAGACAUAAUUGGGAGAAGCUCAUCCGAAACUAGAGCUAGAAACGCCUUAUUUCGUUUCGUUCCCGUUCUUCAUUUCCUUCUUCUCGAAUCCAAGGGGGACUUCUCAUAUUUAGAAUCUUUCUGCGGUGUGCUCUGUUUACUAUUCUUUCGUACUCUCUUCUCUUUACCACGCGAUAGGUCAGCGAAGCGUGAACGGGCGCGGAGAAGGAAAGGCCAAACACUUCGGCCUAACGGGAAUGAGCAACGACGAAAUGACAAGAUGAGGUGCUCUGGGCACCCCCAUUUAGAAAGAAGGGUCGAAGGUUUUGGGCCUGUCGCUUUUCCCGUCCCCCCUUCGCCGGGGGGUGCUUGUGUGGGGGGUGUGCCACCAGAAAUCGGGCUUGAAGCUCUCGCCUUACCAACGAGCCGACAGCUGAUGGCUGUUGGUCACGACUACUACCAAAAAGCUCCAAUGAAGAUGAAUAUUUCACAUGGAGGAGUGUGCAUCUGUAUGUUGGGUGUUCUUCUGUCGUGCGACCCGGCGGCUUAUGUGCGACCUUUGGCCCACGCCUCCUAUUUGUUCAGGGCGGGCGGCGUGAACUCUGAUUCGAUCCGGGUAUUCAAUCCCGCCGCUGAGAUGCUCAGUUGACUCCUUAACCUUGAUAGGAAGAUGGCUUAUUCAAUAAUUCGUGCAUAAGGGUAAGGAACUUUGGAUGAACUAAUGCGAAUGGGUGUAAGCCUCGCUGCUCGGAAACACCCAGUGCUGACCACACUGAGAGACAGGAAAGCGCAGGUAACGCCAGUUGGCGAAGUGGCGUUAAGCAUCCCUAGCGGUACGAAAAGAGAGGUCGUGAUGAUAUCAUCUACGUCCGUACCGCUCCUCGUGGAGUAGAUCCCGCAUCCAACCAAGUCUUUGACCAGGGAACGGGAGAAUUCCCACUACCGCUGGCAGGCCAGCCGGGCCGUGAGCGCGGUGGGAACGGGCUUCCCAAAAAGCCAGCCCCGGGCCGGGGUCAGCAUAGAAUGAAGGGGACGGCCCCAAUGUUGUGUUGGCAAAGCCAACUUCUUGGGUUGUGGGCGGAGAAGAGCGGACGUGGGGACUCGGGUCAGGGCGUAGCGUAACUAAGAGAGCCAUUCCAUUUAGGGCGAGACAGAAUGGGCGGGCACGAGCGGUCUGGUGUCCGAGCCAAUUGGUCAGACGACGACUACUUUACUUAUUAGAUUAGUAUUAGCCGCCUAUCCCGAAAUAAAAUGGGAUGGAAUAGAAAGAACGCGAAGCGCUAGCGCUAUAGGAUUGGUUUUUUUGGGGGGGGGAUAAGCUUGCUUCUUCACAAAAGCUUAUCCCCGCCCCGACCGGCAGCUGCUGGGUCUCCCCAUCUCUCCUAAACUUCCCCCGGUCUUCGGCCCGAGCUGUAUGAGGCAGAAACUCGUCUCACGUACGGUUCGGAGGCCGAGCCCCACCCCAGCAGUAAUGGUGCGGCUUAGGUCAACUAACACAAAGAAGAUACAGUUCAUUCAACGAUUGCCUUUGGGUUCCGAACUCCAUAUGGGGAAGGAGCGUUGUUGUUUGCGAGGUCUCGAUCAUUUACAUGGACCCACUUUUCAUUCCAUUUGUGGCAAUUUGAUGAUCUAUAAACCGUCCCUAACGAACGAUCGGCUCAUGUUUGAGCAUGAUGAAUCACUUCGUGCCGACCUGUUGCCAAUAAACUUUCCGGCCUCAUAUGAGAAUGGAAAACUGGAGCAUUUUCUACAUCGGUGGAUGAAGAAUCGCGAACAUAAUAAUUUCUGGUUGACCAUGUUCCCAGAAAAAAGAUACUUUC